CGAUCGAGAUUAAUUCCCUAGAAGCUUCUCCAAGAAGCCACUUCUGUCUAUUUAAGGGGAGCAGUGUACAUCAACUUGUACUACAACAAAUUUCCAAAAAAAAAACACUUUUAUUUAGAAGAAGAAGGACGCCAUUAAUGUCUUGGCCUAAGUGCAGACUAGCUCAGGGAUAUGCUGGGAAAGCCCAAAGACUUGCUUUUGGAGAAGGUUUGGACGCACUUGAUGAGGCCCACCCACUCAUGAGCCAGCACGAGAACCUGGUCACUCACAUCUUCCCCAAGGUGGACUUUGUUGGCAUGAUGGGCAUCGAGCAGACCUGCAAGAGGUGGAGGAUGUGGUGGCGCCUGCGCCACCUGCACUUUCAUUACCCUUUCUAUGGUCACAGGGCUCAAAUUCAGGAAUGGGUCCUCAGGGAUUUGAUGUACAACAAUGGUCGUGACCUCCACACAUGGCUGAACAAGGAUAUGACUGUCUACUUCGACGGUUUCCCCUUAUUGUAUGGUGAUGAGAUGACAUUGGGGCGCAGGGGGCUGGAUGCAGCAGACUUAGGCUUUUUUUAGGGAUGAUGCUGCUAGUUUAAGCUUUUGAUGUUUAUGUUUUAAGUUUUUUUAAGUUGUACUUAUGUUAGGUCUUUCCACUGUCAAGGGAAUUAGGUUGUUGUGACAAGGUGUCUAGGUUGGUUUUUGGACUUGUCACUCCCUUGACAGUAAGUAUAUUUGGUAGGUAGUUUUAGUAAGCUGUAGGAUGAAGCUUACCCUUUUGAACAAUGCAAUGGAUGUAAUUAAGUAUUAUGCAUAUAUAAUAUGAAUGAAGCUUUUUAUUAUUA